UACAGCUUCGGCGCGUGCCCGAGUCUCGGGGCAGAGUCUGAUAUAAUAAAGUUUCUCCAGCGCUUUACCGCGAGUCUGAUUCCAGAGGAACGCUUUUCUUCCCGGACAGACCCAUGCCGGUGGAGGUGGUGCACCGCGCGCGGGGUAAAGCCCCUCCAGGUCCAGGUGAGAGGUGUGAAUCAGGCCGCGGGCUGGAGCUGCAGAGCUACACCGGGCCGGGGGGCGCGGAGCUGGGGGACUGGAUCAAACAGAGGAGGGCGCUGCGCUGGAGCCUGGAUCACCUGGGCGACCUGGACGGGUGGCUGCACAGAAAGCCCACCCUCACCGACCUGGAAUACCUGGUCCUGGACCGCCAGAAGACAUCCAGAGUCACACAAGCUCCAGCUCAGCUGCUCCCUGACAGGACCAGGAGAGGUAUGCAAAGUGAAGAGGCCAGCCAGCAAACAGACAAUAUGAUUAGUGAGACACACCUACACCCAUCCACUCUGACAGGUCCUACAGGCAGGGCGGUGGAGAACUUCAGAAAACAGAGUCUAGGAGAAUAUCUUCAGUCUUUGGAGCAGUGCCAACAGCACAAUCUGCCAAUUAGCCAACCCACACUAAAGAGAGGUUAUCUGCAUCCUGGAGACAUAAACAUGUACAGCAUGUUAAAACAGAUGGGUUCAAGCUCUCUUCUGGGAUGUAGGGGGCAUGCUAGAGGAUGCCACAACGCUCAACAAGAUGGGAAAAAAGAAGGGAUUGAUGAGAAGAAAUCAACUUCACCAAAAGUUCACAAAAUGAUGAGCAGGAGACAACCUUUAAGCCGGUGGGCAGACCCCAAUGCAUUCUGGCCAAGCCACGAUAGCCAUGUGCGGUUAUGUCUUCCUGUGAAGUCUAACCGCCCUGAGAAUGUCCUGUUUCAACUUAUUGAACACACCCCCCCUUCAUGCCCUGGACACUGGCCAGUCAAUCAAGCAGGAUACUUUACCUCUGGAGAUAUCACCAAAAACAAGUCCUACAUUUUGUAGAGUCUUUACUACUCUACUACUUACCAGAAUCAUUGUUUCAGUUAAUGUCAAAACCCACCCAACUAUAAUAUUUAGAGUGUACUAAAAACCUAAAUGAUCUGGACUGGCCGUAUUUUGUUAGUUUUGGGCCCAAAUCUAUUAGGUAGUUCUCCAGGAGCACAACUGACCAGAUUAUCACUAGUUUAUACCUAUUAUUAUAGAAUUUGAUUAAAAUGCUAUUCAGAAGAAGGAUAAAAGUCACCAGGAACAACAAAUUAUUAAAAUGUUUGCUAAUGCAACUUGCCCUUGCUUAUUUGGAGUUGUAGAGGUUCCACUGGAUAACCACUAGAUGGUGGUGUUACAGUGCACAAUACACAAAGAACAAUCCUAAACUACUGUAUCAUGGACAGAAUUUAACAGGUACAACAGCUGAAUUUUGAUACAGAUGAAACCGAACACUGUUUUUUAUACAGAUGUGUUCUUACAAAAAUAAAGCACAAGGUCUUAUAAAACCUUAUGAUUCCUUAUAAUCAUGUACUGUUCGUUUUGCAUGCCUAUGUGAACUUUGCUGGACAUGGUGCUCAAUGAUUUGCAUUUGUAAGCACAACACUGUGUGUGUGUGUUGGUGGGUGGGUUUACUGUAUUUAUAUAAUCUGAGGUUAGACCUGGGCUCAAAUGUGAAUGUAAUAUAGAGAAAGAGCGGUUAUUAUAGGAGUGCAGUAAGAUGUCACGGAUUUUUAGCUCACUUUUGUCUACUCGAGAGAAUGGUCUCCUCUUCAAUAUGCUGGGCCAGGACUGCAGUGUGUCUGCUUGUUCAGUGGUGCAGCUGUUUAUGGCGACUGCGGCUUGUAAAGGUCAAAAGUCAGAAUGGAAAUAUCACAGUUGUGGAGUUGUGUGUUUGGUGCAGGACAGAAAAUUACAUUCAUCCUUUAUACGAGUCUUCUGUGUCAAGAAAGCGAAGCUGCUUUGGGAGCAAGAGCUCUACACUCCGUUCCAGUAUUCAGCACCUUGCCCCUUUUUCCACACUUUCCCUGGAGAUGAAUGCCAGACUGGACUGAACUUUACUGAUGAAGAGGAAGCUGGCCUUUUCUACAGUGCUGUACAAAACUGCAUCAAGAAUACUAAAGCACACCCUGUGUUCAUGCGCACUCACAGUCUGGAUUCUACCUCUGGCUGGCUGCUAAGAGACAAGCUCAACACAUGUGCGGCUGAAUCUGGACAAGGCAGUCGCUCCUCAUCCCCCAAAACUCCGACCAGUCCUGAUUUUAAGGCAAGCACUCCAACAAAGACACCAGAAUCCAAAUCAUUUUCUGUGUCAACUAACCAGUUGUCCAAUUAUUCGAAGACUCUCCCCAAUCUUAAAUCUGCAUCUGGUUCUCUGGCCCAGAGAAAGGGACCCCUGCCCCCAAUCCCUUCUAAUGCAACCUCAGCCUCAACAAGCAACCUGGACAAGCUUAAUCUGAGUAGCUUUUCCAUUCCACUCCCCCCAUCUUAUCCAGCCCCCAAAAUAAAUCAAACAGGAGUAAAGAAAAGUGCCAGCUUUGCUCCAGGAGGAAGUUAUUCCCCAUCUGCCCUGAAGCACCACAAAAGCUUGCAUUUUACAGAUGACAUGCAAGCAGACACUCACUUCGAGGAUGAUGAGUAAACACACCUGAAAUCCUGUAAAUACAACACAGCUAUUGCAGUUUAAUACCUGUUAACAUGCUCUAUAUAUACUGUAUGUACUAUCCUCUCCUUCUCAUCAUUUCAUUCAUGAUCUCUGAUGUCACUCCAGCUAUAUUCUGAUUCAGUGUUUAGACCGUUAAGAAAGACUGCACAUUUAAUUAAACCCUGUAUCUAUGUGUGUGAA